AUGAAUAGCGAAGAUCUUACAAUAGAAGAAUCAAAACCAAGAAGAAGAAAAUCAUUUACUCCGCCAGCAUCAUCAAGUAGUGAAAGCAAAAAUAAAUCUGAUGAAAAUAAUUCAGAUAAAAUUGAACCACAAGAUGAUAUUAAGAAUAUCAAAAAGCAGAUUCAUCAUAGAAAAAAUGUCAAAUCAGAUAAAAAUGACGACAAUCUCAGUGAAGAUGAAGAUGAACAACCUAUGUCAUCUACACAGAGAGUGUCACUUAUAAUAAAAAAUGAAUCAGACUCUAUUGUAAACAAUAUUUCAUCUAAAAAAAAUUUAUCGGUCUGGAAAAAUUUAUGCAUUGUUGUUAUCAUAGUCAUUAUCAUAAAAUUUCUAUUCUCAAAUGAAAAUUCGAAUACACCUUCAAAUGAUAAUAACUGGCGUUUAAAAGUUGAUCCUAAUAAUACACUUUCUCACUAUCAACGGCAUGUAGUACGUGCAUCAUUAAAACCUAUUCUUGAUAAAUCUUCUACGAAGCUACAAGACGAAGAAGACAGCGUAUCAACUUUAUUAAUUUUAUCAUCCAAUGAAGAAUAUGCUGCAAAACUUGCUCGUUGCAUUCUCAGACUAGUCAAUACUGAAAUAUAUAAAGAUCAGAUAUCAACAGAAAUUGAUCUUCAAUCACAUCGUGGUGGUAAACUUCGAUUAGAUUCAAAUUUAAAAUAUUUACUUAGUGCAGGUGGUGAUAUACGAGCUGUUCUAUUACGUCAUAUUGAUGAUAAUUCAUCAAGUGAUGCAUUCGAACGACUUCGUCUUUUAUUUGCUUAUUGUGAUGGUGAAAAUCCUGUAAUUCCACAUCGUUUAAUUAUUAUGACAGCUACUAGUGACAGUGUAGAUGAAACUGAAUUACGUGAAAAAUUUAAAAUUCGUUGGCCAAAAGAACAUGAUUUUGUUGAUGCACUUAUGUCUCGUAUUAGUGGACAUACACUUUAUGUUGAAAAUGAUCAAAAAUCUAUUUGUUAA